AUGAACAAACGCGGUCGACUCUUGCGCAAGCAAGAGGAGAUACAGGUAUCGACGGAGGAGAUGACUACCGCCGAGUCAGCAAAAGAGACCAAGAACGGAAAUAAGAUGAUGUCUUUGAUUAGGUUGGCCAUCCGGGGCUCAAAGAAAGAAGCAGAUAAUAUUGAUGUUGGACCUAUCCUCGAGUCAGGAUCUAUCCUCGAGUCAGGAUCUAUCCUUGAGUCGGGAUCUAUCAUUCAGUCGGGGUCUAUCCUCGAGUCAGGACCUAAAGAAAGCAAGAGACAUAUUCCUCAAGAGGUCCGUCUUAUGAUCUGGGAACAUGUCUGCGCCGUCGAUCGCCAAACUAUCCGAAUUGGAUUCAGAAGACGCAUACACAUGACCCCCCCCGCGGCACCACGCAUGCGUACUUGUCCUAUGCUAAGCGUCAAUCGAGAAACAAGAGAAGUCGCAUUGAAGUACUACAUGUUGGUCAAGAACUACGAUCUCCUCCCAAUACGCAUCAAUCUCGACAGAGAUACGAUAUUCAUUGAGCACUAUCUCUACAAGAUGUGUUACGACCUCGGAAAGAUCUUCAAAGCGUCCAGUGCUCUAUGCAACAUCAGGAACUUCGCGUUGGAGUUCACUUACAAGGAGUCUAGAGAUCACUGGCAAGCUGCAAUAGUUGCUCUUCAAUUCGAUCCCAAUAUUCGGCAUGUCGUUACAACGCUCUCUCCGGCUCAUGAGUAUGUGGACCAGGUCAGUGAUGACCGGCUGUUCGAUAGGUACAUUCACCUGAUUCAACGCCCUCUCGGCACGGAUCGCAUCCAAGGCCCUCGGUUUCUCUAUUGGGAGACCUGCAGUGUUUGGAAGUUGUGGCUUUAUGCCAAGAUCCAUCCGUCCUGGAGGUUCGAAGCAAAGAAGUUGAUGAAGUAUAUGUUCGACAUGAAAAAACAGGGCAAGCUUGACGAGGUCCCGAACUUUGCAACUUUUAGGAAUGGAAGACGUGGUUGA